CAACGACUUAUUAAAAAAAUCUUAAGACCUACUCUAAAAAACUAUGGAAAACUUGUCAGGAGAGGAUCAAGAAAAAGAUGAAAAUCAAGAGUCAGAAGGGAUUCUACAAAAGCAGAAUGAAAUAAAGAAAGAUCAUAUAUUUCAUAUACCAGGCCUUUUUCUGCUUGAACAUCCUGAAGAAAAGGAAGGAAGUUGUGAUAGAGUUGAGACGUGCGAAAAACUAGGAGAAUAUGCUGAUAAGGAUUCAAAUAUUUUUAUAGAAAAGAAUCUAGUAAUAAAUGAUUCAGAAAAAAUAGAAAUUGAGGAAAAAGAAAAGGCAAUUGAACUUGAUAGUAUUGAUAAGGCGAUUUUAAAUAAGGAUAUGAUUGUUGAAUAUGAUUCAGAAAGUCUUGAAUCAUCAGAUUCAGAAAAUUCCGAGUCAGGGUUAAAAAGCGAAAAAAAAAAAGUUAAGUAUUUUGGAUCAUCAGUAGAUUCAGAUUAUGAAAGUCCAGAGGAAGGCAUAUGUGAUAAUAUAAAAGAUAUACAUGAUAAAAACAAAACACUUUCAAAUGAUGAAAAGAGUAAUAAUGUAUUUGAAUUUCCAAAAACAAAAAAUGAGAUUCUUUAUAAAAACAUAGAAAUAAAGAAACUGGAUGUUGUAAUAACUGAUAAUAUUCCAAUUGAAUAUCUCGGGGAGAUAUCUCAAAUCGUAGACAAUAUCGUUGUUAUUAAAUCGUUCGUAUUUGAUGAAUAUAAAGUCUUAGAUGAAGAAACAUUGUUAGUGUUGGAAAAUCGUUCUAUUUUGGGACUUAUUUUUGAAGUUUUUGGACGAGUUUCACAGCCUUUAUAUUCUGUUAGACUUGAUUCUCAAGAAAAGAUUGACAAAGAAAAAAUUAGCAUAGGUAAAAAAGUUUAUAUUGUUCCGGAAUACAGCAAAUAUAUUUUUACAAAAGAAUUAAAAACAAAUAAAGGAAGCGAUGCAAGCAAUAUUCAUGAUGAAGAAGUUGAUGAAAAUGAGCAAGAAUUUUCGGACGACGAAGAGGAAAUGAAACAUAAAUCAUUAAUUAAAGGUGAAAAAUCUCAUUAUGAAAAUAAAAUCACAUCUCAAAACUUUACAAAACACAAAAAUUCGCAAAACAAUAUAAAUAUAUCAUAUAAUACACCCAAAUCUCACAUAUCUCUUUCAGAUCCAAACACUAUUCAUCCAUCUCAUUCAUAUAUUAAUAAUCAACCAAUAAAUACACAAUUCCAACCAUUUUAUAGCCAUCAACAUAUCAACAAUCAUCAAUUACUUUUUUUCAAAAAUCACCUACAAAAUAAUACUAUAUCAUCUCAACAAUCAUGGCCUACACCAUUAUCUUAUUCCUUUUCAUCUAUCCAUCAGGAAAAUAAUCAAGGGGCUUCUUUCAACACUUAUUCACAAAUACAACAUUCUACAUUCAAUCAACUCCUUAAUCCUCUACAUCCUACAUCUACAACAAAAAACAUGUAUUUACCAUCCAAUAUUCAUCAAUAAACUUUUUUCAAAAACAUUUAACAUAAAAAAAUCCAA